AUGGCCGUCCAAAAAUUAACUGAUGAGGCAAAGGUACUACCGGAUUUCAGCAAUGAUUUCUCGUGGUUAAAAGAUAAUCUCACAACUGUAAGGGGUUUUCUGCAAGAUGCUGAUCAACAGUCUCCAAAUAAUGAGGGUGUAAAGCAAUGGCUGGAGAAGGGCGGAACAUCAAAGGACAUCAAGGAGCGCAUGAGAUAUAUUAUCGAAGAUGUCAACAAGCUGAAGCUAUUGCGUGAAGUUUUUCCUGCAAGUGAUGUAUCGCCCAGUACAUCUCAUAGUGUAGAGCGCAAGAAAUCUUAUCUUCUGCCGAGUGUACACUCAGUGGGAAUAGAGUCCAAAGUUGAUGACAUGCUCAGAUUGCUGGACAACAAUGCCUCUCCAAUUAUUGCGGUGGUUGGGAUGGGGGGUAUAGGCAAUUCCUAUCUUCUUCAGCAUGUUUACCACAACGUAAAAGAAAGGUAUGAUAAAUCCAUAUGGCUUUCAUUUUCUCUGUCUUAUUCUAUUUCCACAUUGCAAUGCGACAUAGCUUCCCACUUAGGUUUAGGACAGCAAAAUAAGAGCGAGGGAAUAUCUCAUGAGAGAGCAGCAGAGUUGAUUCAUGAAAAUCUCAAAGGAAAGAGAUAUCUUGUGGUGUUAGAUGACCUGUGGGAGGCAAGGGAAGAUUUACUAUCUAAGCUUGGCCUCUUAACUGGAGACAAUGGGUAUUGCAAAAUUCUGGUUAGCACAAGAAACAGAGAAGUUUGUACAAUUCUAAAUGCUCAUAUUUACGAGAUGCAAUGUUUGUUAGAGAAAGAGAGCUGGAGUCUGUUUUGUUUCUAUGCGUUUAAGGGAGGUAAAGCGCCAAAUCAUCAGAUCGAAGAAGUGGGCCGUGAUAUUGUAAAGCAGUGUGGGAAUUUGCCGCUAGCUAUCAAAAUGGUAGCUGCAUCUCUGCCGAAGACCACAAUGCCAAGGGACUGGGUGCGCAAACUCCAUCGGCUUAAAGAGGUAAUUAUUGCCGAUGAUGAUCAGAUCUUGCCCAUUCUCAGACUGAGUUAUUUCACAUUGCCUGCACGUCUUAAAGCAUGUUUUGCUUUUCUUUCUUUCUUUCCCAAGGUUGAGCAGAUAAAUUGUGAGUAUCUACUAUAUCUCUGGAUAGGGGAGGGAUUUAUUCCAGCAGGAGAGGGCCAGUGGGAGGCUGCUUGGGAUUGUAUAAAUCAGCUUACCAAUCUCUGUCUGCUUCAGCAAUGGGAACAAUAUGAGGAUGGACCAUGCUGUAAACUAGUAAAUUAUUGUAAAAGUCACGAUUUGUUGCAUGAUUUGGCCAUAACCAUAUCUAAAGAAAAUAAAUGUAUUUUUUCAGUUGAGGAAGCUUCUAAAGGUGAAAACAGUGACUGUUGUCGGAUUUUACUGGGCAUGAAAGAUGUAAAUGACCCUCCGAUAUCAGAGAGGCGUCUUGUUUGGCUCCGCACCCUCUCAUUGUCUCAGAAUUGGAGGAUUACAAACAUUCCGGGAAACUUGUUUACCGCUAUGAGAGGAUUGCGUGUUCUCGAAUUGAGCGGGACACGGAUAUCUAAAUUGCCUCAAAGCCUUGGAAAGAUGAAACUUCUAAAAAUUUUGAAUUUAAAUGGUACAAAAAUUGAGAAGGUACCAGAGUGCGUGAGACACCUGAAAAGUCUCUUGUUUCUUGCCUUACCUCCAAGAUGUAAGAACUUACCAGUAUGGAUAAAUGAAGUUAAAUGUCUUCAACAUUUACAGUGCAAGGGUGUCACACGCAUGCCAAAAGGAAUUUCAAAGCUAGUCGCUUUGAGAACACUCCGAUCAGAUUGGUUGGACCUUUCCAGUAAAGGCGAUAGAUUCAUGGGACCGAAUGAUUUUGUGCAUAUGACUCAGCUUCAGGAACUAUCCUUAGAUGUUAACAAUGAAAUGGAUUCAAGGAUAGAAGAAGGGAUACUUGCACUAUUGGUAAAGAUGCGUCGUCUGACAAUUUGUAACAGCAUUGCAAAAGAUUUGGAGCUUCCAAAGAAAAUGGCAGCAAUGGAAGAUCUGGAAAGCCUUAUAAUAUGGAGUUUUGCAGUAGGAAGUUGGAUAUGUGAUAUGGCAAAUCUGAGGGAACUCGAGUUAAAGUGGUGUGAUUGUAGUAAUUAUCCGGAGUUGCAAACAAUGCCCAGUCUAGUCAGGUUGGAGUUGUCGGGAAAUGAUAGCUGCAAAGAACUGCCAAAGGCUUUUGGGCAGCGAGGGCCGAGGAGGGUUUAUACACCUGCGCUUCCUCAAAAUUGA